CUCUCAAAACAAAUAUCAGUAUGCAGCACCACCACUCAACAAAUGGAGUCGUCUCGGCAAGUUGGGAGGAUAUCUUCUAUGACAAAGAGACAGUGAUAUCCCAUUAUGAAUGGUCAGUUGGAUCACAACCAGGUUACGCUGACAUCAUGCCUCCGACAAGGACCACUCAGACACUUGGAACUUCCAUUAGCAAGCUUGAUAUGCAGGAGGGCCACGUGUAUUGGUUGUCUGUCAAGGCGCAUAACAAAGCAGGCCUUUCUUCUCUUGCCACGGGUUGGCCAUUUUUAUGUGACAACUCCCCACCUGUCUGUGGAUUCGUACACGACGGGAUACGAGGCAGCGCCACAGCAGACCGCAAGGACCGAAACCAUCAAGAAGAUGAUGGUCAUAUAUGGGCUCACUGGGAAUUCAAUGACCCGCAUUCUGGCAUAGUCUCCUACAGUUGGUCGGUGGGCAGUUGUGCUGGCUGUGGAGACGUUUUCAAGGACCAUCCCGUAGGAACGAACACAGAUGCUGUAGCAGACAAAUUUGGGGUAGCGUUGCGUCAAGGUCUGACCUACUACGUCACAGUCACUGCAUGCAAUGGCGUAGGGUUGUGCUCCAGUGCCUCGUCAGAUGGUGUCCUGAUAGAUAGUUCGCCACCUAUUAGCGGAUUGGUACACGAUGGUGUUGGCCUCUUUGAUAUUGAUUACCAGAAUUCAAGAGCUUCUGUCGGAGCUAAAUGGUGGGGUUUCAUUGAUCCUCAGAGCGGUAUCUCAUACUACAGUUGGUGGGUUGGCACAACCCCUGGUGGCGAUGAUAUCAUGAAGGAAGAACGCCUUCACCACACAGAGAUGGCGUUCAGGUUAAGAUUACCUGGUGGCGUCAUGCUGACCCCAGACAGAGUCAUCUACACCACAGUAAAAGCCACUAAUCCACUGGGUCUAUCAAAUACUGCAACAUCUGAUGGCUUUAAAGUGGUGACUCAAGUCCCAAAGGUGACACCGCCCACUCAUAUUGGAACCAAGGGAUCGAUCUACAGAAAUACUCAAGUAUUCAGCACAGUGAUGGGAUUCUCGUGGACGGUUGAAAGUACUGGUGCCCCGAUAAAGUCACAGCAUUUCCAUUUGUGGGCGGAUGUAUAUCACAGGAAGGACAUGCCAACUGUUAAGUUAGGGAGCACGGUCAGCUACUACUACGCUACUAACGUGAAACUGUACGAUGGAACCUGGUACUCUGCUUCUGUUACUGCCUGUAAUCUUGCGGAACUUUGUGCAACAAGCAAAAGCGAAAAGAUUCUUGUUGACAACUCGCCGCCUUUGACUGGGAUGCUUGCCAUAGACACAGCGCAUGCAUCACAACUCAAGCGUGAAGAACAAGGUCAUUGGAGCUGGACAUCAAACUCAUUAACCUUGGCCGUACUUGGAUUUACCGAUCUCCAUUCUGGAAUCAAAUAUUAUGACGUCAGUGUUGGGACGACGUACGGAGGAAAUGAUUUAACGAAAGGAAAAUAUGUUCGUUUUAACCACGGUCCAUCCCCAUGGUUAAGGCAACACGAAGGAUCUAUUCAGAGAAUGGUACUUAAAGAUGACGUAGUUGCCAACAAUCUGAAAGCCGAAAUGGACGUCUAUAUAUCUGUUGUUGGCAUUAACGGGGUGGGCCUGUCGAGUGCUGUUUUACAGAAAAAGUUAAGGCUGCUGAGUGGUGGAGGUGUGGCCUUAAGGAGACGAUGUGAACGCGAAUUGUGUGAAGGUCAUUGCAUAUGUUCGCCACAAAAUGCUCGAUGUGGAAGGUCAAUGAACAAUUGCCCCAGUAAAUCACCAGAUGGACUCGAACUAGCCGUUUACGACAUCAUCGAUAUACGGGAAAAUGUAUCGCCAUUGGACGCCGAUUACAGUCCUUCGACCUGCAUGCUGGCAGCAGAGUGGCGGGUCGACCCUACGUCCACGGUCAAACCCAUCGGUUAUGACUAUGCUGUUGGUUUCACAUCAGAAGACGAGCCAACUGGUUUAACGUCGAAGGAUAACAUCAUCUGGCGUUAUGUGGGCCUCAGUCUCAGAGCCAUAGACACUAGAGCAUGGCACAAUAACUACCUGCUUGAAACUAGUAAGUACAGUGUCUUUGUCAGAGCAUGGACCAACCGGACGGAGAAUAAGAUAUUCAAGUCAAAUGGAGUAUGGCCAGUCUUUCGACCCCCAAGCCUGUCGAAGAAAAUGGCGGCCACGGUAAAGGAUUGUCAGAUCGGUGAUCAAAAGAAAGGCACCGCCCAAGCCAAGGAUGUUGAUUUCUACAGCAGUAACGAUAGAUUCUGCGUCUCUUGGAAGAAUGCCUUUCAGGACAGAAGCGAUAACCUUUUUGACAAAUAUUACGUAUCUCUUGGCACUUAUCCUAGUGGUGAAGAUGUUCUUGGGUUCCAGCAACAAUCCGCCAGCUCGUCACAUGCUGAAUUUACCAGGUCGAAUAUCAUCCCGGGGAAGAGAUACUACAACAAUGUUAGGGCUUGCAACAAGGCCGGUCUCUGCAGUGAGCGGUAUUCUGACGGAGUUAUCGCAGAUGUGCAUCCACCUGUGGGCGGCAUAGUCUCUGAUGGACUUGGGCUGCACGAUGAGGAGUACCAUAACCGAACUAACCUUGUAGCAGCCCACUGGAGGGAUUUUGUAGAUCUUGGCUCCGGCAUUUCCCACUACUGGUGGUGCGCGGGUAAAACACCAGCGGCUAAUAAUUGCGAUGUGAUGGGCUGGAUGAAUGUUGGACUCAAGACCCGGGCAAGCCGGCUCGUUAAGUCCGCUUUAACACCAGGUGGUAAGGUCUACAACAAGGUGUAUGCAGUUGAUGAAGUAGGACAUCGGUCGGGUGUUGUUGUGUCUAAUGGCGUCAUGUUAGACACGACACCACCGACCAUUCUUACCAAGCUCAGAUUUGGCGACAACAUUGUCACCAACCCCUCCUUCGAGGCUAGUCCCGGCAUCAAAAUGGCAGCUGCCACAUCGUUGAACAAACCGAUUAACUUUACGACACCCACUGGAUGGAUGAACAAGACCAGGGGGAAAAGCGCCAUGAUAACUGUUGAUGACGCACCGCUUGCCAAGCAUGGCCGUCAUUUUCUUAUUCUCUAUGGAUCUCUUUACCAAACGCUGCAAGAGUUGGUUAUCGGAGAAAAGUACAUUUUAGUGUUUUACACCAGUCAUAUUCAGCCAUCACAUUCGCCAGGUCCGACCAAAGGUCAGGUCAGCUUACCUGAUGGAAAUGUGUACGUCUUCAGCCAGACAAAUAAGACCCACCGCCAUGACGUUAUUGGCAAUACUCAUCAGACAUCAUGGAAUAAACAAGUCUUCUAUUUCUACGCUAAGUCUCUAUCCGGUGACAUCACGAUAUCAUCCAACGACAGGAAUGGAUUUGCGAUUGAUGACGUCAGUGUGCAACAAAUCCAAGUUGGCGCUACACCAUCGACAGACGAAUACAUUAAGAAGGAUUUUAAGACUCCGAUGCUAUUUACUGUCGAUGAGGAUAUUUUAACAGUUGCCUGGGAUUUCGAAGACAAAGAAAGUCCGAUUGUUGAGUAUAAGCUGGCACUCGGUACACGAAAGGGCGAUGCACGACUAUAUGGUUACGAGACUGUUGGCCAAAACAAGUUUGCCAAGAUUUACGUGAAGCUGGUCCAUGACACUAGUAUCUUUGUCACGGUUAUAGCCAGGAAUGCUGCAGGUCUCCGGAGGAUUCUCCUCUCGGAUGCAAUCAAGGCCGACAAGACCCCACAUGUCUUCGAGUACCUAUGGGAUGGAGAUGAAGGUGAUCAAAAACUGUACAAGUUGACGAUCAUGUAA